AUGAUUUUCAGUUCACUUCGUUACCACCGAUUACUCGAAAUAUUACCAAGAGAUCAGUUUUAUCCGAAAUCGCUUUAUGAUCCGUUAGGAUUAAUAGCUCCUGUUAUAAUUCGCGCUAAAAUCUUUAGCCAGGAGCUUUGGUUGGCCAAAGUGGAUUGGGAUACUCCUCUAUCACUCGAAUUACAACAACGAUGGGUAAAAUAUAGACAACAGUUACCAGAAUUAAUCAAUUUAAAUAUUCCGCGAUGGCUUCAAACUUCAUCAUCAACCCGUUCCAUUCAAUUGCAUGGCUUCUCUGACGCCUCGCAACUAGCAAUGGCUGCUGUGAUAUUUAUUAGAGUCGAAACGGAGAAAUCUGAAAUUAAAGUUAGAGUCGUUUGUGCAAGGACUAAGGUAGCCCCGUUAAAAAGGCUAACAGUUCCUCGACUUGAAUUAAACGCCGCGUUAAUGCUUUCGCGCUUGAUGUUGAGUGUACAGAAUAUUUUGGAAUUCAAAGACUGCCCAACUUUUCUCUGGACGGACUCAUCGGUAACACUCACUUGGAUUACCUCACAUCCCGCUAAAUGGAAGGAGUACGUCCGCAACCGAGUCGCAGCUAUACAGGAUGUCGUACCCACGGCGUCUUGGGGUUUCGUUCCGGGAAAGGAAAAUCCCGCUGAUUGUGCUUCCAGAGGUUUGACUGUACAUGAGAUUAAGCAACAUUUAUUAUGGUGGCACGGGCCCUCGUGGUUAAGCAGUUUACCGACUCAGUGGCCGAAAUUAACUCCUGGAUGUUCUGUCGAGCUAAAUUUAGAGGAAAACCCCGGAUAUAUACAUACUUCUAUUCGAGAUCGAAGGAUUGCUUAUUGGGAUCUUUUGGAGCGCUAUUCCUCGCUUACGAAGCUCAUCCGAAUUACAGCCGUUUGCCUGCGCACCGCUCAGCGUUUUCGGCGACUACCAUCAGAGUCGGUUUCAAAGCAUUUGUCCCCUGUUGAACUUGAAAGGAGUCAUCAAUUUUUGAUUGGUAAAGUACAACAAUCUCACUUUCAGUAUGAAAUGGAAACAUUGAAAAAAGGCGGCGGCUUAUCUAAAGCAAAUUCUUUGAUCAAACUUACACCCUAUCUGGACAAAUUUGGAAUAAUGAGAGUUGGCGGUCGACUUCAGCAAACCAGUCUAGAACGAUACCAAACAUCCAAUCAUCUUACCAAGGCAGUCUCCAUUCACAACGUUAAUAAUAGCUAA